GAUAUCUCAAAAGAUAUGUUUGGUCGCACAGUUUGUAGACAUCGAGGUGAGCCUCACACUCGAGACGACUGAACUGCUUGUUGGCAGUAGCAAGGUUAGAUCGCUUGCAUGCCACUAGUUGUGUGACCUUGGCUGUGCAAAAGCUCGCCAUCAUGUCCGCAACCUCGUUGCGGCGGCAUUCAUAUUCUCAAUCGCGAGCCAUUCUGCUGCUGCUGCUGCUGCUGCUGGACUGCACAAGAUAGUGAACACUGUCUUCCUGUUCAGAGUCAUCGUCGAAGCCGGUAAAAGCACUGCGGCAGCCAACAAUGGUGUCGCCCAGCACACAUGGCGCGUCGUACCCAUCGCCGAAACAGACCCAAGUUCUUCCAUUCUACCAACAAGUUGAUCAGCAAGACCCAUCGGCACAGCAGUACCAGGAAAUCGCUGGCGAUGACCGAACUGCUUCUGGCUCUUCCGCAAUGGCGGACGAUCUGGUGCGGGAAGUGCCUGAUGACCCUCAACUGCGUGCGAACCUGGCCAGCAUGAUGGGCAAUUUUGGGAACUUUGGAGCCUUAUCCAACCACAUGAAUGAGCACGCGGGCGCUGUGAAUCCAUCGGUGACAGCUGAAAGCCCUGUCGCAUAUGCGCAAGUCACUGACGUGGUCCACGAAUCGCCACAAUCUCCAGACAAAGCCCGCGACAAGCGCACGAAAGUAAGCCGUGCGUGUGAUGACUGUCGUCGUAAGAAGAUUAGGUGUGAUGCGGUUGACGAGUCAGGCUCUAUCGCAUGCUCGAACUGUGUAAGAACGGGAGUGAGAUGUGCCUUCAGUCGUCAGCCUUUGAAAAGAGGUCCGAGCAAAGGUUACAUCAGGGAUCUUGCAGACCGGCUUAACAGCCUCGAACAACAAGUCCAUCCAUCCAGUCUGCAACGUGAAAAUAGAAAUGAUCCCCAGCAGAUCCAGCAGCUCCCGUUGGCCGUCGUUGACGAUCUUCAUGGCUACUUGUCUGAUGGCCGGCUUCCUCACGAGCCGCAAGCUGGUGAUAAGCGAAGCCAUGAUGUAGCGGAAGCGCUUCACGCAUUCCAGUCACAUAACAACAUGGGUACACAUCCGCUUGCAGCACAAAAUAUAAACCUGUCUCUCCAGGCACAGCCCUCCAACCAACCAUUCUGGCGGUCAGGCAGUAAUGAUGGCAGAUUCGACACUGUCGGCAUGGCCUUCGAUGCCGAGCCUCCAAUACCUGUGGCAAGCUUCGACUGGAACGAGAGCGUCAUCGACGAAUAUUACCGUUUGAUUCAUCAGACUUUCCCAUUACUUCCAAACAGCAAGAAUCGACUACGGCAGCGUCUUGGCAUCUGUCCAGCGUCAUUGAGAGAGGCAUUUCUCGUUGCUUUGGACUGUCUCAUGCGAACAUUCCCGACCACCACUCUUCCUCCAAAUGCGGGCUACCCACAGGUACUCAAACGUGCUGCAGAACUGCUCGCGAAGUAUCCCUUUGAUAACCCUAGUUCUCACACGAAUGCCAGUAAUUUGCUUUAUUUGCAAACACUACUCCUCAUGGCGCUUGAGAGCGACAAUCAUGGCCCUGCGACGAUCCGUGGCCAGGCUGGGCCCAGCCGAGCCGAGUGGCUCGGUAGGGCUGCGGGCGUUGCAGGGCAAUUGGAGAUCAAUGCUAUGAAGAGCACCUCUCACUCGGUUAUGGAGGGCGAUCGUGACUCCGAAGAACGCCUGGCGCGGCGAGUCUGGUGGGUACUAUUUAUUCUCGAUCGGUGGCACGCGUCCUCUACAGCCGACCUACUCAAGUUGCCAGAGAAUAGUGUGGUCCUUUUACCAGAAGAUCAAAUCCUCUUAGGAGAGUCUACGUACCAUCUUGCUCGGUUAUCGUUCAUCAUUGGUCACUUGGCGGCGAUACUGACCACAACGAAGACCCCAUCAACCGACGUGAUGGCACCUUCAAAUCCUGCUUCAUCAUUGCUCGGCCUGACGCUUGCAGGUGAAAUUGAUCGAUUCAGGGAAUCAGUCGAGUCAGUCUGGGGAUCGUUAAAUCUUGUACAUCUCAGCUAUCACCACUGCCAUUUGCUUAUCAAGCGUCUCAAUCCGACAACAGAGCCUAGUGAGCUUGUCGGGCAUGCCGUCAAGGUCGCAACAGUGCUGAACAGUCGCCUCACACCCGUGACGCCUCUCAAUCAUCAUUUUGGUGCGCUCGCUGCCAUGACGCUUUGUGAACUAUGUGAUGUAGCCGAGACAAGGGCAGAAGCAAUGAGAGGUCUGGAUCAGAUGAUAGAGUGCUUAGGAGAGGGUCGCGGAUUGGCUGGCCGAUUGGAAAGCGAGGGUUGGGAUGGUGCGGUUCGAGAGCUAGUCAAGUCCAAGAAAGAGAGAAUGAUGCAGCACAGCGGUGGUCUGCAGCAUCUUGCUGACGCUGCAGUUGGUGGCCAGCGAGCUAAUUUUGAACCGACCAUGUUGACAAGAUACGGCUAUCUAACAUCCCUCGGGCAGGGGGUCUUCGCUAGACACAAUCUUCAAUGACAAUUAUGACUUUCUUCACACGCC